UUAAUAAGCAUAAACGUGAGACACUAACACAAGAAUAGUUCCGCUCUGACGGCAAAAAUGAAGCUGUUUGCCUCGUUUUUUCUGCUUGGCCUAUCGGUCGUCACAUUUACCCAUAGACUGCCAGAUGAACAAAGCCUGCGAGAGAAGAGAUGGUUUUGGCCACAGGUAACCUUUUUAGAGAUUAAAAAUCAAAUAUUCAUCUCAAACAUUGGAACAACAUUAGCUUGAAAAAUUGUGCCUGAAAUAUAACAUGUUAGAAAAAUACCGUAAAAUUCCGAAAAUAAGCCCCUCCAUGUAUAAGCCCCUCCAAAUAUAAGCCCCCCAAACCGGUAACGCAAAAAACCCUCCGUUAAAUCGCCCCUCCAAAUAUAAGCCCCCAGGGGCUUGUACUUGGAAAAUUGCCCUCAAAUACAAAGUAAAACAAAGCAAAAACGCUAAAUCUACUUCCAACUAUAAGGCUAGUCCAAUCGAUUUUGAAACGUAAAUUUCCCUCCGCAGAUAAGCCCCUCCGAAUAUAAGCCCCUCCAAAAAUAAGCCCCUCAAAAAGGGCCUUUGAAAAAUAUAAGCCCGGGGGCUUAUUUUCGGAAUUUUACGGUAUAGUGUAAAGAUCCUUUUGUUCAAGCCAAGCUUGGUCAUUCCUUGGCUUCAAAUGCAAUACGUUACGGCCUUAUUUUUUAAGAAAUCGAGAAAAAAUCUCCUCAACGAAAAUUCUUGUAUGCAAGAUUGUCCUUCAACUGAAUCAAAUUGUCCUGCUGAACAUAAAUUUGAAUAGCUUAUGAAAAAUCUCUUUAUUCUUUCAUCUCUUUAACAGAGAUAUUCUCCAUAAUAACGCAGUUUUUGUUCUUACUCUUAAGCAUUAAUUCGCUAAAUUUCUUUAAACGGAGAAGCUUUAAUCUAUUCAUCGAUGACCGCGACUGUUUUGCAAACUUCGAUGGGAAGGUUUCUUUAGGAGAGUAUUGCGAAAAAAAAUUCGACACAACCUAUACUCGUAAAAUGUUUUAAAGAGAAGAAGACCCUUUUUAACUUUCUUUUCUUGUCAAAUCUCCCUACAGCCAUAUUCCCCCCGAAUAAUUCACUGUCCUAUCCUGCCCUGAUUAGCGGCCUAAGUGUCUCCAAAAAAGGUGUUAAACUAAUGGAAGAAUAAGUGAAAUAAAGGUUACUGAUCACUCCUGGAAGAGAAUGAAUAGCGGUUAUCAAUUUAUGACAUUCUAUGGUAGGACCAAUCGGUUACUUUCUCGAAGAUGUGACAAUGUCAUUAUCGCACUGUUUUAAGAGAGUUACUUGCUAUAAUUACAGGUAGUAAUUCAACGGAAAUUCCGCUUCUUUAGGAGUUAGCUAGGCGCUCCCAGUAGCUUAUUAGCACAAGGUUCCGUGCCUAUAAUAUAUGGUUUAUUUUUAUUCUGUUUAUUAAUUACCUAUCGGAAAUAAUGAUGAUUGCUAAAAACCCGAAUGCAGUUGUCAGUUUCCUUUUCAGAAAUGUACUAAGGAUUCAGAUUGUGGAGAGGGCCGCUGUUGUCUCAAUCCUAACUAUUUUGGAUUCUGUGCGUCAAAACCAGGGAUAGAUGACUCGUGCAACUUUGUGGUAUGAAAAUUGUAAAAGCGUAGAUAGGGAGUCCUAAGCUGCUAUGGAUCUUCCCCUUCGACCUCUUGCCCACGUCUUUUAGGAACUGAAGAAAUCUAUACUUGUUCAUGAAAUAACUUGAACAAGCAAAUAUUCAGGAUCUGUGGAAACUCAUGACUUAACUGCGGCGUUCUACGAAGACGUUUAAUUGCUUUAUAUAAAAGCACCAUCAAAAUUGCCUGGUAUUAAUCAACAGUAAAAAAGAAACGCUCUUUUUUUGAAGAUGAAGGUCUGACCCAGAUGUCCAUAUCACAAUGACAGAUAAAAAACACGUGUAGCUUUUCUCAGGCCAAAGUUUAUAUCGCUUCUCAAGGCCACCGUAAAUGGUUAACAAUAAACUCGCUGAAUGGAAAUAUAUGAAAUGACUCAUAUUUUAGACUGCGGAUAAAGAUAUGAAAGUGGAAAUGCGAGGAACUUUUCCUUUUUCAAAAUAAACUCGCUAUUACGAUUUUCAGGGUUUUACAAGGUGCUUCUGCAAAGACGGUCUGUCCUGCCAGACAGUAAAGAAGUGGCGAUGGGGAACCACAACCUUAGCCUGGAAUCGCUGCCGG